CUCAACUCCAUGGCGAUACGUGUCGAAUGCCACGUGGCAUCGGAUCCGAUCCCCUUUAUCCUGAUCACGGCCCACGCAUUAACAUUAGAGAACUCACCUAAUGUUCCAGAAUGACCACCAGAAGCGGAUUGCUAGUACUAUUUAGGAAACACAGCAGACAAAACAGUGUAUCUUUGAUGAGCAAAACUUGAAGCUUUUAGAGACACAGAGAGAGAGAGUUUCAGUUUGGAAACUGGAAGUGAUGAAAACCUUGACGAGUUCUUGCUCCAAGGCAAUCAUUGACAAGCAUAGAGAUAAAGGGUUGUCUUGUUUUAAUGAUCUUUCUCUUAACAGAGCUGAAGUAUGCUUGUUCCCUUCCAAAAAGCUUGUGAGAAUCCGGCUCUUGCAUUUGCCUUCUGUGCAACACAGGCGCCUGCAGCCUGUUUUGUCAUCUUCUUCCUUGUCACCAGACUCACAGGUGGACUUUGGGACAGCAGAAACUCAACCUGCAGAAGACAAUCCAUCAAAGACUGUUCAUGUCAAAUUCCAGUUACAGAAAGAGUGCUCCUUUGGGGAGCAUUUUCUCAUUGUAGGGGAUCAUCCUAUGUUAGGCAUAUGGGAUCCUGAGAGUGCUAUUCCACUGAAUUGGUCAGAAGGACAUGUUUGGACAGUAGAGCUGGACAUACCUGUUGGAAAAUCAAUCCAGUACAAAUUCGUUCUGCAAACAAGCACUGGGAACCUUUUGUGGCAACCUGGCCCUGAUCGGAUAUUUAAAUCCUGUGAAACUGAGAAUACAAUCAUCGUUAGUGAAGACUGGGAAGAAGCUGAAUAUCAGAAAUUAAUUGAGGAAGAACCAUCAGCUAAUCAAGAUGGACCUGUUCUUGAUUCAGAGGUGGCAAUUGUUGCAGAGAACUUGACAGCUCCAAAGGAGGAAUUAGUUUCUGACAUGGAGCUGGUAUCAGAAACUGAUAGUAUCACCAAUCUAGAAAAGGAGCCAUUACAAGCAUUUUCAGAAGAACUAACCACUAGCAGUGGUGCUUCUUCACUAGAGACGCCCUUGGCCAUUGUUGCGGAGAAUAUUAGUUACCGAACUGAAAACUUCGUAGCAAAUGUACAUAAUGUAGCGUUCGGUGUGAAGAGGACUAACUACCCCAAUGAUGAAGCUUUGGCUACUUCAAAUAAGAAUCCUUUGGUAGCAGAGGACCUUGGAAAUAUCGGCAGAGUAGAAACAGUCCAGAACCCAGCAACUGCAGAUGUUGAGGGAAAUCUGGUUGUACAUGAAGGUAGUCCUGUUCUGGUACCUGGCUUGACUCUGUUAGAUACAGUGUCAACUGAAGAAGCAAUUUUGGAUGAAGAUGAGAAGAAUAGUACUACUGAGGCAUCAAUUGAAGUUAAUGAAGCUAAUUAUCAGAAAAUGCCAGAGUUAGGUGAGAAGCAAGAACCUGAAGGUGAACCACAGGAAGAAAAACCAACUGCAGUGUCCAAGGAUGAGGAGGAACCUACUGCAGUGUCCAAGGAUGAGGAGGAACAGCUUGAUAACCGACACAUUCAGAGCCCCCAACUAGCCAGAGAACAGUCUGAUCCAGAUACUUUUCAAAAUAUGGCUUGAGAUACCAAAUCAAUCUCGUUCUAUCUCUGCUAUCAUAUGAAGAACAUAGCAUCAUUCUGUUUUUUAACCUUAUUGCGGUAGGUAACCUCGAGACAAGAGAAUCAAAGAAGGCGUACGUCAAGGAGUACCUGAAUUCCCUGCAUCUCCAUGUCCAGCUACUGAGAGACAAUCUGUUCAAAACCCAAGCUAGAUUCCUACUUGGGAAGGCAAAUUUCACAUCCUUCAAAGUCCAUACGUUUUUGGUUGACUACUCCACCAUAUGCUUAAACCCAAGCAUUACAGUAAGCAACAACUCUCAGAAUCUAGUAUUCUUGUUUAAUAAUAUAGUAUUAAUCUUACAAAUGGUUUCCAGAAAAAGUAUUAUUGCAAUGGAAGAUCCUUUAAUGACCCUUUUUUCUGUAUCAUUUUGUUAUAAUGAAAAUAUCUGUUCUUUGUUUAAUAGUCAAUUGACAAACUGGAGAUUUGAUGCCUGCAACAGGAUGAGAACUGGCCCAAUUUUUCACCAACAAACCAAGUUAAUAUCUUCAACUGAUUUUUUACACAAUCUGACUUGCUCAAUCAGUUGAACAUUUUGCUUAAAGUUAUUACUCUAUAUGGUUGGAUUCCUAUUUAGCACCAAAAUGCCUCAUUUUAUCACAAAAGACAAUGAAUUUCUAAGAAAAAUUCAUAAGAAAUUUGCUGCCUGACCAAAAAGAUUCCUAAGUUCUGCAACAUGAUUUUGGAGUAGGUACAUUUCUGCACAAAUAUUGUUGGAGAACAAGAGAUGCAGUGUCAAGUAA